AUGGAGAGGAGCAAGGGCUGCCUCUCGCUGCUGCUCCUCGCGGCCGUGGUGGCGUCCCUCGUCGCCGGCUCGUCGGCGGGCAUCUACCACAUCGUCGGCGCCGGCAAGGGCUGGCAGAUGGCCCCCAACAAGACCUACUACGGGGACUGGGCCCGCACCCGGAACAUCAGCGUGGGCGACAAGCUCAUGUUCCUGUACCGGAGCGGGGUGUACAACAUCGUGGAGGUGCCGAGCCGGGAGCUGUUCGACGGGUGCAGCAUGCGCAACAUCACCAACCGGUACCAGAACGGGCCUACCAUCAUCGAGCUCAUCCCGCCCGCCGGCCCGCGCUACUACUUCUGCGGCGUCGGCAAGCACUGCGAGGAGGGCCAGAAGCUCAAGAUCUACGUCGCCCCCUUCGCGCCCUCCCGCACGCAGAAUGACGACCAGGCCGAAGACGCCGACGACGACGGCGACGUCAUGUCCGGCGGCUCGCCCGCCCCCGCCGCCGUGCCGCUGCUCGCCCUCGCCGCCUGCUUGCUGCCGCUUCCGCUGCUGCUGAUGUAAACUUGAUCCAUCAACGUCAACGAUCUGUCAAUCGGUCAAUCGUAUAUGUGUACGGUUUUUUCACCAGCAAAAUAAUGGGCACUACUCGGCACGUUCGUACGCCCGGCCCGAUCAGAACCCAACCAGCAGCGCGCCCCAGAUCCUACUAUACAGACAUGGAAGAGAGCUCCAGGACGACGCUGUCCAGGAGAUCCUCUUCCGUUGUUCCACAGCCUGCAAGCGGUGGCGCGAACUUGUGGCCGAUCCUUCCUUCCUCCGUCGCCGCUGGUCGGCGGAUGCACCCAGAUCGUCUUCCAUCUUCGGCUUCUUCGCUCCGCAGCUACUACCUCGGUCCUGGAUUAUUGGUUCCC